UAAACAUUCAAAUCUUAAAAAUAUAAAGCAACAUUAAAUUAAUUAAUUCAAGCAUAAGGAGCAGCAGUUUAAUGUAAAUAAUCAUGACUACAAGGAAAGUCUCGUAUGCUUUCGGUGGUGAAGUUGGAAAUUUUCAUUAUGGACCCGGUCACCCAAUGAAGCCUCAUCGUCUAUCAGUUAUACAUCAUUUAGUAAUGAAUUAUGGACUACACAAGAAAAUGCAGAUAUUCCGACCAUAUAAAGCAACAACACAGGAUAUGUGUCGAUUUCAUGAUUCUGACUACAUAGAUUUUCUUCAAAAGACAUUACCAGGCUCGGUUUCAUUACAGGAUCAUAAACAGUUUAAUUUAGGAGACGAUUGUCCGAUUUUUGAUGGAUUAUUUGAAUUUUGUUCGAUGUAUACAGGCGCAAGUCUUGAAGGAGCACAAAAAUUGAACCAUAAUCAAAGUGAUAUAUGCAUUAAUUGGAGUGGUGGACUUCAUCAUGCAAAGAAAUAUGAACCGUCUGGAUUUUGUUAUGUUAAUGACAUUGUAAUAUCAAUUUUGGAACUUUUAAAGUAUCAUCCAAGAGUGCUAUAUGUAGACAUAGAUGUUCAUCAUGGUGAUGGCGUUCAAGAAGCAUUUUAUUUGACUGAUCGUGUUAUGACUGUUAGUUUCCAUAAAUAUGGUGACAAAUUCUUCCCAGGAACUGGAUCAAUGUAUGAGAUUGGUGCUGAAAGUGGACGUUAUUAUUCAGUAAAUGUACCAUUCAAAGAAGGCAUCGACGAUCAAAGCUAUUUUCAAGUGUUUAAACCUGUAAUAUCAUCAGUUAUGGAAUUUUAUAGACCAACAGUGAUUGUUCUCCAAUGUGGUGCUGAUUCAUUAGCUGGCGAUCGACUAGGUUGUUUCUCGCUGUCCACAAAAGGACAUGGCGAAUGUGUCAAGUUUGUUAAGGAACUUAAUGUGCCGACUUUAAUUUUAGGAGGUGGCGGAUAUACUUUAAGAAAUGUAGCGAGAUGUUGGACAUAUGAGACUUCACUGUGUGUGGAUGAACAAAUUUCAAAUGAGCUUCCGAUGAACCUAUAUAUCGAAUUCUUUAAGCCUGAUUUUGUGCUGCAUCCAGACAUCGAGCAUGGCCGCAAAAUAGAAAAUGCCAAUUCAAAGCAGUAUUUAGAUGCGAUAAUCAAACACACAUAUGACAUUCUAAAAAUGUGCCAGCACAGUCCAGCUGUACAAAUGUUUGAUAUUCCUGCAGAUGCAUUGCCUGACGAAAAAGAUAGAAUUGAGGAACCAGAUCCUGACGUUCGAAUGAGUCAACGCGACUAUGACAAUCUUAUUGAGAAAAAUAAUGAAUUUUAUGACGACGAGAAUGAUAAUGAUAAUAAGAACGGAAGUGAUCUGUAAUUGACUUUUUAGCACUUAAAAUAUGAUUUUUAAUAAAGUUCAAAUUUAUUUAAAUUAA